GAUAAUAUUGGAUUAUUGGUAUGGCCAUGCAAUACAACCUCGUUCCCAGGCUCUUGCAAUAUAGCCUGCAAUGUAAGUAUAGUAAAUUGAAUUAAAUUAAAUUCAAUUGUUUUGAUCGAAUCACUCAAUUCAGCCCAUCCCAACUGCUGACUGUUCAUAUUGUUGAUGGAUCAUAGUUCUAUACCAAACGGUUAAAACAUAAGAAAAAAUAUAUAAACUAUAAAUGAAACCGGUUUCAGGGCUUUCUUUUCUUUUCUUUUCUAAUCAUUAAUCUAAUGUGUGACGUCCGUUUAAAGUGAUUCAAAGAUCAUUCAAAAAUCGUCCGAACUGCUUUCCGUCAGACAAACAUUAUAUAUGGAGCAGUGCUGUUUUGUGAUUUCAAGUAUUAUAAAUUUUGCAAUAAAAUUAAAUAAAUAAUGAAUAAUGUAGCUAGGUUAAACAAAUAGCAAGUCAAGUUUUGUACUCGAAACUACUGGCUGAGGCGACCUGACAAAUGGAGUAUAGCUAAUGGGCCUAUAUGCCUAGUUUAUAGUGAGUUAUUGAAAUAUUUAGAGUUUAGCUGCACGUUCUGUCGCCGCAAUCUUGUUGUGUCAUUGACUCAGUUUAAAUUGCGAAAUAUGUUUACAUUAUAGAUAAAAAUCGUUUCUCGAAUUUCUCUAAAAUUGUUAUUCUAUAUAUUGCUGUUAAUGUUGCUGUUUGGAAACACGAUGUCAGCUGUUUGGAAACACGAUAUCACUGCGGUGAAGAAUUAUUGUACUGACUGACCACACAUCUGAAUUUUUCAACUAACUACAACUGAACCUAUAUGACUGUCUUCGUAUUAAAAACUUGAUAUGAAUUAUAUUUGGAUAUUUCACUAUUACUGAAACCGGCUUAUAUAAAGUUGAAAGAUGAUUCAGCAUGAGGUUGCAGUUCAGUCAUCGACUCAUCAGUUCAUUUUUCAGGUCUUAACCUGCAUCAGUAUUUUCCCCUGCUGUUCAAUAUUUCUUUGUACCGCUGGCAUCGUCUAAAACCUUACUUCUUAGCGAUAAUUGGAAAAUUGAAUGUGGGUCGGUGAUAAUUUGUCUGCCUUAAAAAAGUGAUUAGGAUCAUAGCUAAGUCAGUAGAAAAAAUGAUUUUUAAAAUUGCGCAAAGAAAGCGCAAUAUAUAAUUACAAGAAUUUAUGUUUUUUUGCAACGUUAGCAAGUACAUUUAGUUGCUGUCUGCGCAUGUCCAGUAGGUCAUGUGAACUACUGAUAAAAACCUGAUUAGACAGGUUUUCCCGAAACGCAUUUUGAUUGGUCGUUUUAUUUGUGUAUAUACAGUGUAUAAGCUUCGGGCGGUAGACAGUGUGCUUGGUACUGUGGUUCAUACGAAUAUACCGAACCGAGAGAACAAGAAAUGCGAAGAUGAAAUUACUUGUCGCAACGUUGUUCUUGUCUGGCGUUCUGUCAGGUAGGUUGAAGAAUUUCAGAAUUUUUACCGUUCUAUUGAUGCUUUUUCACGUAAAAUAUUCGCCCCAUGGCUAUACUGUGAACUUGUGGCUUGGCUAAAAAUACAUUGGCGUUUUUGUAUUUUGUAUUAAUUGCGCAUAAUUUACCAAACGCAAUUUCAUGCUAGUAUCGUCUGCUGAUAUGACACAAGAAGUUUUUCAUAACAUAUCUCAAUCUAUCUGUAUAAUAAUACCAUAUUUAAACCCUGGCUUCGGUGUAUUCUGCAUUAAAAUAUUACCGAGAGAGGAAAGGUUUUUAUUAUAAAGAAAAAGUCAGAUAUAUAGUGAUAGUUAUCAACUAAAACCAAGAAUUUAACUGUACAUGUUUCAAGUUCUAUAGCACUUAUUAAGGUGGACUUUGCCCAGAUGAUAUUUGGCCAGAUAAAUUUUUAACGCUAACAUUAGUUUAGUGAGGCCGACUAAAUUGAUUUCUUUUUCUCUUAUUAUCUAGCGCCAUUUAACGUGUUAAACAGACCAGCCGUACCAGUAUGCAAUAGUGGUAAGGGUUUUAUUUCGCAUGACCUUGGUUUACCUUAGUCACAAAAAUAUUUGCGCCUUGAAAAGAAAUCACACAAUGUGGACCUAUUUUUGGAUAAUAAAUCAAGUUCCACAUUAAAUCAUUUCAUAUUCUGAAAUAAUGAAACAAUCGAACAUAUUUAAACUCUACCCGUAUAUUCAAAGAAUACGUGUUGUUUAUAUUCAUAGGAAGGAAUUUACCCUUGAACUUGUGUCAGAUCUGAAUGAAACUUGAUAUCUUUGGCCUUAUAUUUUAGCAAUUAUAAUUGUUUAUCCUUUUCUGGAUUUCUCCCUUUUUCCCAAAGCUUUAUUUUCGUUUUUCAGAUGCAUCUCAUUUUCAUACAAAAAAGAGUCUAUUGUACUCAUAUGAAGGGGAGACGAUUACGGGUUUAGUCGGCACUUCUGAAGUGCGUUCUGGACUCAAACUGAGAGCAAAAUGCAGGAUAACACCUGUUCUACCAUGCAUGUAUAUGCUUCAGGUAAAUAACGCAUUUCCUACAACAUUUUAUUGAAAUACCUAGUAUUUAAGACUUGCGCAAGUUUGUUUAUUCGCGCACGAAAGCGUGUUUAAUGUAAAACAGAUGAAUCAAAGGCUUUUACUUUUAAUUGGCGUGCCUAAGACGAUAUAAGACUCACGCUGGGGUUUAGAUCCAAGUCCUGUUUCAAAGCCUGUUUUGGACGUCGAAGUUCCGUUGAAUUUAAUUCGUUAAAUUUAAUGCUGCUGAAUUUUUUAUUCGACAGAAAUGUACAUUUUAAAUGGUUUUUAUAUUAGACUCAGCACAUAAAGUACGACUUCGACCGUUCGACGGGUUUCAUCGCAUAAUUGAUAGCCCGCGCGCAGUUCCAAAGGAUGUUUGACGAUGUCACGAGACUGCAUAGGCUACACAAUUGACAGAAAUUGACUUCGAAAUUGAGUCAGUAAAAUUCAGAAGCAUUUGAAACUGAACUAACUAAUUCGACGCAAAUUCGACGUCUAUUACAUGCCUAAGGUUUCUUUAAGUUUAAAUGAGUUUCAUAAAUAUAAAUAAGGAAAUAUUUUAUUCCCAGAUCACGUUCACUUAGUUAUUUUCCUCAUUCUUGUGCCAUGAUUUUAUUAUUAGUGACGUAGGAUGUUUCGUAUUUUCGUUUCAAAAACAUAACGUCAUGGGAUUCCCUGAGUUUAUAUAAUUUAAUCUGUUUUCUUAAUCUGUCAUCAAAUUUUAUUUUCGAAAUUAAUGGUGGCGUAUUUUUAUUUUUUUAUUGCAUAUUGUAGAUUUUUGAAGCCGAGCUCCUGGAAGGCCAGGGCAUGAAACAAGAUGCUUUAGAUUUCAAGCUUUCUUCGGGAAGCGAAGAUCUGAGCCGAGAGCUUAAAGCUCGAGAUUUGUAUUUUGAAAGUCACGAGGGCGUGAUUACAAAUGUCCAACCACAACCCGAUGAACCUGUCCAUGUUCUGAACAUGAAACGUGGUAUCCUGAGUUCAUUUCAACUAAAGCUUGUUGAUAAAGACCGCACUUUGACUGAGGUAUGUCAUAAUUAGACAAAAUAUUUACUAGACGGCUGGUUAAUCACAUUUAACUCUUUCCGAAACCACAGGAUGUUCAACUGUCAAAGUGUCAUCCUGCUUUGUAAAUGACGUCAGUGUUCACAUUAUAUCAUGAAACAUUUUCCGAGGGGCAAAUUACUCUGAAAAUCUUCGUACACUUCAUCAAAAAUCAAAAAAAAUCUUUGGAAAAAUCCAAAAUCUUACUAAAUCCCAGAAUCCCAAAAUCCCAAGAAAUCUCUAAAAAUUACAUAAAAUACGUGGAGAAAGCCCAAUAAAAUCCCCAAAAUUAUUGCAAUAUUGAGAAAUCCCAUCAAAUUUAAACAUUUAAAUCAUGAAUUCGGCGUGAAAAUACCCUUCGUUGAUUUACUUCAUUUUAGAAAUAAUUCGACGGAUUAUAUGUCGCAAAAAAUGUCGGCAAAAGUUCGGCGAAAAAAAUAAGGGAAAAUAUUUCGAAAAAAUCAGCUGAAAAAAAUCCCAAAAUCCCUUAAAUUUGGGGAAAAAAUCCCAAAAUCCCGAGAAAAAUUGCCGGGAUUUUCUAAUUCCAAAAAUCUUCGUACUCUUUUUUCAGAGUAAUUUACCCCUCGACAUUUUCUAAGAAAGAAAACACAAAAUUUGUGCAUCAGUGCAUAAUUCUUUGUUGGCAUAAUUUAUAAAUAUUUAUAUUGAUGCAUGUGUAAAUAUUUAAGGAUUUUUCGCCCAGUUUGAAAAGCACGAACUCACGAGUUUUAUUUGCUUUGGGUGGUUCAAAUUUGUAAAUUGGUCGGUACGCCAGCGUUGGAUUUAUAUGGGAUUUACAAACACGAGCCGAAGGCGAGUGGUUACAAGUUUCAUACAUCAAUUGGACGCGAAUGCUUUAUCAUACUAGCCUCUAGGUCUAGGUCUGUUAACCGUGAUCGUACCUAUCGCAUCCAUACAUAUGAAUGUUCGUGUUUCUCGACUAUUAUUACAAAUUUAUAAACUGUUUUCUCUGAGAAAAUCAAUGAAAAAGAUUAUGCUAAUCAAGACGGAAUUUUUUAAUAUAUAUUCUUCGAUGAAUUAUUAUUGAUUUGAUAAAUAUCUUAAGGCCUCUUAACAGUCUGCAUAACUGUCACUCGACAACAUUCCAUAUACAACAAUUGGAAUACAGAAACCUUUUGAGAAGUUGAAACAAAAAUACAAAGCGCAUAUUUUCAAACUGAGUUUCCAAACAAUGUUUUAUUUCUUUCCUCGCGCCGUUAGUGGUUAGAAUGUAUUUAUAUUUCACCAGGAAGCUUUUGUUCAGUUGUUGAACAGAUGUUUUACAUCACCCAGCUCAAGUUGACCUUUUGCAAGCGACCUAGAAUGCCCUUGCUUUUAAUAGGAUAUGCAUGUGUCGCUGAUACGGAAAACUCCCGUUGGUUUAUUAAUCAGACAUCAUCAACCAAUUCAACAGAUGUCAUUCAAGGAGACAUUUGAUUUUUGUAAGGCUAAAAUUCUACAAAAUAGAAAUCAGCAAUUUUAAGUUAAUUUUUUCCUUAUGGGGCAUUGUGCAUACUCUAUAUGAAUAAACUCCAUCAUGAUAUAAAUAAUAUAUUUCUAAAUAGUUUUCAACCUCUUAAUUGGCUUUUUGAAAAAAGUUUGGAAAUUGAAAUUUGCCAAUUACGUAAUUUCAAUAUCCCACUGAACAUAAUAAUAAUAAUCUUUAUUCAUCAAAAUACCAAUACAGGCACAUAUGAAAUUACAUACAAUAAAAGAUACAAAGCGUAUCUAUAUGUGAUAGUUGUUAUAAGAUAUAAGAUUAUAAAAAGUGCAUUAACAUUUUUUAUAUCAUGAAUGAAGAUAUGCAUGAUUACAUAAUGCACUGAUUAUCAUAUAAUAGAAGAAUAUCAUGAAAAUAUUUUGCUACUAUUUUCAUGAUAGAUUUAUCAUGUAUAUUAAAAAUAUAUAAGAAUAAAUUAUUUGUACCAAAUAGGCGGAAAGAACUAUUGAUACCAUAUAACUCGUUUAAAAAAAUAUUUCGAGUUUCUGAAAUUUUUUGGUUGGAGCAUGAUAAUAAGUAGUGAAAUUCAUCUCCAAUUUCACUCGAUUGACAUAAGGUACAAAACCGAUCUUCGUAUGGUGUUUUGGUAUAUCUUCCAGAUUCAACCGGUAGUUUGUGCGCAGAUAUUCUCAUUUUUGUUAUUGCUUGGCGAUGCUUAACAUUGCAUAUUUCAUGAAGGUAUUCUUCAAAUACAAAAUUAUUCUUAACUUGUACUAGAGUUCUUAAUUUACCACUGUGACGACUUUGUUCAAUCUGAUCUUUCCAAAAAUGAGUAAAAUAAGUAGAUAAUCUAUUUUUUAGAUAUGUACCUACAUUAUGUAAACUUUCAAGUGGGAGAGAAAUACCGUUUAGUGAACCCAGAUCACAUAGUUUUAAUAUAUGGUUUGUAAAAUUAACUGCCUGAGUAUUCGCUCGAAUAUUAAAACUCGCUGCCUCUCCUACAAGAGUAUUCAUAUAAUUCGGAUCUUUAAUUCGUAUAUGUAUAUUCGUAUAUUCGUAUAUUCGUAUAUUCGUAUAUUCGUAUAUUCGUAUAAAUACAAGUUUCAUAAUGAUGAUUAUGAUUUCUAUAACAGUCUCUUAACAGCCGUGACUUUCUGAUGUUCUGGAUUAUGUUUUGAUGCCUGGUGUUACAGACAUCUACAAGAAAUUCAUGCACUUAAUAAAUAUAUUUAUAAUAUAGCAUUUGUAAAUUCUGAACGCUGAUUGGCUGAGAGCCGUGUUGAUAUAACUCAAUGUCAACACGGGAAAUUUUCCGCCGCUUGUAAACACGGAAAUUUUUCUUAUCCUUCGGGCUUUUGACAUUGCUAUAUUAUAAAAAAUAUAUAAAACAUUUUUUUCCGUAUUGAUUGCUGCGGAGCGAGCGAGCCUGAAGCGAGCGAGCGUAGCAGCAACCUAAUAUGUGCAGAGAGGGGGUUUUGAACUAAAUUUUAUUUAGCGCAUGGAAUUGUGGUCGUGCGCGCUUUCUAUGCGCAGAACACAAAUUUUAAACUCGCUCGAGUCUUCGAAUUUUUAUCGAAUUUCUAAAGCUUUUUCAAGUCUAAUGUUACGCUUACAUUCGUUUUGGACUUUGGCCACUGUCAGUUCUAUAUUUUUAUAAAGUUUUGGUUUCUUAGUGUGAUAAAUCUGUGUAUAUAUAGUCUAUAUAAUGUGGUAAAUGCGCCUAGCAGUAAACAGACUUGGUAUGAAAUCUGAUCUUAAUUUACCUGCAUGUCAAUGAGACGCACAUGUUUAAUAUCUUUGCUAUUUCACAGUGGCGUAGCCAGACCUUCAUUUUUGGGGGGGGGCGAAGCGAACGCCGAAGGCGCGAGACCAUCUAUGGAGGUCCGGGGGCAUGCACCCCCGUGAAAAUUUUGAAAUUUAGAGUCCCUGAAAUGUGAUUUCAAGCAUUUUGGGGGUGAAAUCUUGCAGAAUCCCGAAGAUUAUAAAGUGCGUCGAAGACAUAAAUUUUCCCCGACAUUUCUAAGUUUCUACUCGCUUUUAUAUAUGAUACAGAAUAAGUCUGAGAAGAAUAUUCAUGUUAUCAUAAUGCAUAUACAUGUAAAUCUAAACUAAAUCUAUUCCUCUUGGAACCAUAUCUACAACUGUUUUAACGAGAUUUUAGAAAUCAAGUUCUUCCAGUAUUUCGUCGUUUUCCUCAGUCGAGACGUACUUAAUCCGUUUCAGCUUCGAGGAUGUAACGUGUACCCCCCCCCCCCCAUUUCUCUACGGAUUUAGCCUUUUUCAGAGAAUAGUUUCUUUGCGAUUGGGGGGGCGACCGCCCCCCCCUUGCCCCCCCUUGGCUACGCCCCUGCUAUUUCAAUAUAUAUUAUACAAUUACUUUAUGGUUUCCGUGUUUGGAUGGCCUGAUCCAAACACGCGGGUAUGUUGCGAGAGUUAAGAAAAGCGCGCGAAAGCACGAGCCGAAGGCGAGUGAUUUUGCGCCCUUUUCUUAACCCGAGCAACAUUCCCAAGUGUUUGGAUCAGGCCAUCCAAACACGGAAACCAUAAAGUAAUUGUUUUAUAAAAUAACAACAACACGAUAGUCUUCCGUGUUUGGAUGGCCUGAUCCAAACAUGGGUUUCGACCAAUCAAAGCACGCGUUAUAUACAUGCUAUUUUAUAAUUCUUCUUCUCAGUUCCAUUCAGAUUCACAGCUCACUAGUCGCUGCGAGUAAUCACUGUGCUAAUGUGCUUGAUAUAAUUUGUGCUGUUUACUGUAGUUCUAUAUGCUUUUAAUGCCCGCAGUAAUCCCUACCUUGCAGGUACCCUAGUAUAUCGUUAUAUCAACACUCGUGGAAGUUGGGAAAACUCGAAAUUGUAUGAAAACACUCCGCCCUUCGGGCGUCGUGUUUCCACACAAUUUCUCGUUUUCCCAAUUCCACUCGUGUUGAUAUAACUGUAUAUCAACACGGAAAAUGUUUUAUAUUUGUUAAAUGUAAAAUAUCACAUUGAAACUAAGAAAAAAUUAGAAAAAAUUAUCUCAUAUGAGAUAUCUAUGAUAUAAACACAUUUUUAUAUAUUAAUCAAGAUCUGCAAAUAUUCAAAAUAACUUUUUAAUUAUAAGCCACUUGAAUUUGCCUUGUUUACCUUGUUUUUCAAGAUUGUUCAGUGACCUUGACCCUUAAUGCUCUCAUCAUGAUUGAUGAUUGCCCUGUUGAACGACAUUCAUCAGGUGUUAUUUGCAAUAUUUCAAUAUGAAAGAAUAUAUUUUCCAAUUUGCUGACAUAUAAUAAUCAUUAUUUAAAAUGAUGAGAAAAAUAUUUUGAUUAUCUAAUUAGAAUAUUUCCUUAUAUGGGCAUUUUUAUAUGGUUCAUCUUAUAAUACCGAGUGGCCCUAGCCUCCUCCGCAGGCAACUGUAUAGUUCUGCAACGUUAUUAACCAUAAAAGAAUGUUCAGGAACGUAGAAAAUACAAGGAAAUACUAGUUCUGAAAUACGAUAUGAUAUUAAUAAACGCUGGAGCGUAAAUUAAACCACAAGCCUCCCUAUUUUUACGCUCCAGUGUUUAUUAAUAUCAUAUCGUAUUUCAGAACUAGUAUUUCCUCGUAUUUUCUACGUUCCUGAUAAAUCUUUUAUGGUUAAUAACGUUGCAGAACUACACAGUUGCCUGCGGAGGAGGUUAGGGUGGCCCGAGUAUGUCACACUUCCUACGGGCAAACGCGGUUUUCAAAUAGAACGUUCGGCCAUGCAUAGACCAUUCUAGAAAAAAAAGAAAAAUUAUAAGACAAUAUGAAAGUUAUCCACGGACGAAAGCAGCAUUCGUUCCAAUAUUUAAAUUUCAUUGUGGAAACAGAAUGCAAAUGUUCAAAUAAUUCUUUUUUAAAAUUAUAUUGUUUCCUUUUGUCCCGAAGUUGACCUUGGGAAUUAACAAGAAACCUGUAUUUUCAUCAUUGUGUCUGUCAUUAAUAGUAUAAACAAGGUUAAGAUUUUUCCAUAUCUGUUCAGAUAGUCACAAGCAUGUUUCUAAAAAAGUCAUAUUAUAACUUCAAAUAUUAAUAAUUAAUCGCUACUUUUACCUAUCCCGACUUUUCACCAUAGUUGCCACAAGUAAAACAAUUCUGAUGAAUGCAAUGUUUACACUAUGUUUCAAGACUACCUUUUAUUAAUUAAGGGACUUUUUGCAUUUUUUUUUAAAUGGCACUUGACGGGAAAGUUGAGCGGUAGUCACAAGCAUUUUUCGAAAAAAAUCAUAUUAUAACCUCAAAUAUUAAUAAGUAAUCGCUAGUUUUACCUAUAUCACUUUGCAUAAUAGUUGCCACAGGUAAAACAAUUCUAAUGAAUACAAUGUUUAUGUUUCAAUCAAUUCCAUGGGUGCCCAUCACAACAUGAGCUCCACCUUUGAAUUUACUAUAUGAGAUUUUCAAGAUUUUCAAAAAGGGUUUAAAAUAGCAAAAAAAGUUUAAAAAGCUAGAUUUUCAAAAAAGUUUUAAAAAGUUAAAUUAAGGUUAGGGGUUAGUGGUUAGGAGUUAGGGGGUUAGGGUUAGGUGCUGCAAAUUGAUCAUAUUGAUAAAUUCGGACGUGUUUAAGAAUUUACUCAUCAAACGAAUAAUGCAGCGACAACCGCGUUGUCGUGGAUAAUAUAUUAAUUCAUAAUAGUCAUCCCAUCCGAUCCGACUACGAGACAGCUUUAUCAAUCCGAUCCAAUCCGAAAUGAAUAUUUUUGUUCCGAAAUGAUCGGAUUCGGAUCGGAUUUGCACACCUCUAGGACAUACACACUUUUGUUGUUGUUGUUGUUGUUGUUGUUGUUGUUGUUGUUGUUGUUGUUGUUGUUGUUGUUGUUGUUGUUGUUGUUGUUGUUGUUGUUGUUGUUGUUGUUGUUGUUGUUGUUGUUGUUGUUGUUGUUGUUGUGACUUUAUUUUAGCAGAGUAGCCCAUUCAGCUGUUAAGCUAGUAUCCAUAGGGGCCCUGUAUAUUAUUAGUUAAAUACAUAAAUUAUGCAAUCCUAGUCUAAUCCAAAUUAAUUCCAACAUAUUUACAGUUCAUAUAUACGAUGUUGUUUAAUUCUAUUUUUAAAACUAGCUAAGGUUAGAGAAUUCUAACUUUUUUCUUGUCCAUACUGUUGAUACUGUACAUUGACUUACUUCCGCUGUUUGGUAUUGUUAUAUAUCUUAUAUCAAGUUUUGAGACUUCAAUAUUUUAAUUAAAAACGUUUUAAAAUAGAAUGGCUACAGAAUCGAUUUUAAAUACAGAUAUAUUGAUACGAGAUAGCGCCUGCAUUCGAUUUUUUGGUUCAGAAAUCUUCAGAAAACUUAUAUUUUGUCCCCAAGGGUGGGCAUUUGCAUCAAUGUAAGUCCCCAAGGAUGGGGAUUUUGUUGCAUUAUUUGGACCUCAUGGUGGGGCAUUUGCAACGUUUUUUUUCACCAAAAUGACAAAUGCUCGACAAACGCCGGAGGAUGGGCACCCAUGGACUUGAUUGAGACAUUACACUAUGUCUCAAGACUACCUUUUAUUUUGGGACUUUUUGCAUUUUUUUUUAAAUGGCAUUUUAAAGGACAUUAGGGCGGGCACAUCCUGCCCUCCUGUGCCUAUGCAACAGAAAAACAGAAAGCAAAACAUCUUUCAUCGUCAAAUCCCACACAUCUGUAGAGAACAUGUAUAACUACAAAAUUGUACGACUUUGAGAUACCCAACAGCCCGACGAGUACAAUGUUACAACUGCCAAACCUAUUGAUCUAAAUUAUUCACGUGAUAUGUCACUUACGUCAUCAAUGUUGUAGCCUGUCAUGGGAUUGCUACCUUGGGUGCAGAGAAUGGGGCUGCUCACAGGCUGUCAAAGUUGCGGUUGUUCUCUACCAAAACGACAUUUAUAUGGAUUGCGCAUUUAACCGCCAAACUAAUUUAAAGAGGAUGAAAUGUGUUAUUUUCUAUUCUAUUUCGUGUAAAUGAGGGCAUAUUCAGGGUCGUUCACAGCAUUUUCACCAGGGGGAUAAUAGACAGCUUAAGAUCUACGACGUCGACGUCAGGGCUAUGCAGAGGACUGGGACUAGGAUGUCGUCCUGAUGUAGUCCCAGUCCUCUGCUUACCUGACGUCCUAGCUGACGUCGACGUCGUAGAUCUUAAACUAUCUAAUAAUACCUAUCAAUGCUGAAAUAAGUACUCAAAUUUCGAUGUUUCAAUCUGGUUCACAAGAUUAUUACGCCAUUUGGCUUAAGAGUUUAUAACAACAUUAUAAAAUUAGUAAGUUAAAUUUUGUAAAACUGAUGGCCCCCCCCGCGCUGCGUAUGACCCUUUAAUGUUGCUUGCCAUGCCCAUAGCUUGACAUUAUACCAUUAUAGUGACGUGCUGAAGAGCGAGGUGUCUGCUAAAGUUUUUUAACACACGCUACUUUGUGUUUUAAAAUCAUUAUAAUAAACGAGAUAUGAGUGUUACGACAUGCAUGACUUAUUAAACGAGUUCAAGUUUCCUUGACCUUGAAACUCCAGUCAAGAUUUUCUUAUUAACCUAAAAAUAACACCAUUGGAUAUAAAAGUUAACUUUCUUGCUGAUAUGUCUUUAAACUGGUUUAACCAGGUUAAAUUAACCAAACUAUGCUGUAUAUAUAGUUAGAAUUUCCACCUAUAUAGCAUAAAUUAAAUCUAACCGAUUAUCUGGUUAAACCUGCUGUUGUUAAAAAUACUUUGUGUGUGCUUGUCACAGGUUGAUGUGAACGGAAACUGUACUACUGAUUACCAAAUUAAAGCCCGUCAUGACAGUGGCCGUGUUAAGACGGUUCUCAAGAAAAAAGAUCUCAGUUUGUGCAAGGAUAGAUCUGAAACAAAUCUUGGCAUCCCUGUGGCACAUUAUCCAACAGAAAAGGUUUGUAACGCCUAACGUAACUGUAUUUCAUUUAGACGACCGGCCAAGCUUCUUGUGUCUAGAAAACACUGUCGAUGGCAUCAUAGUCUUUCGAGACAUGGUCUGGAAACUCAGUAAACUUCAAAGCGGUUAUAAUGAGCUGUGUGUUUAUGUUGAGCCGUCCUUACACCGUGCACAUCCUUUGUUUUAGGUUUAUUAAUAUUUAAAUAGCAUGGUUGAAUGACUGAACUGAAACGUAAAAACGUUGCUAUUGGAUGAUUCGUUCAUUAUACUGAAAUACAAUUUGUUCAUUGACCGUGCACCGUGCACAAAACUGCAUAAACGCGAACAAAAAGAUAGAACAAAGACUUUACCGGAGUUUCCAAACCAUGUUUUGAAAGACUAUGAUAGCAUUUUUGUUACAAGCAUAAAUAUCAUCACAUAAUGCUUAUUUUGAAAGUAAGAGUGAUUGUCAACCGUAAUUGUUAUUUAUGAGCUAAAGGUAUUUCCUAGAAGCUUUCGAUGGAUGAGAUUUCUCUCAAGUGCUGUGUUUCAUGUCAGUAUUUUAUUUUAAAGCCAGUUUUCCACUUCAAUCGUAUCGUAACGAAACGUAGCGUAUCUCUUUGUUUCUUGAGCACUAGAGUGGAACUAAUAACUUCGACACAAAAGAAAAUGCUACGCUACGUUAUGAUACGGUUGAAGUGGAAAACAGGCUUAAUUGGCUGACCACCAAAUGUACCAGUCAAUCCCAACUCAUCCCCCCGGGGGAAGUAUCCAUGCGGAAAAUUAUAUGUAAAUUUUACGUUUUAUAUAAUAUCAUUUAAAAUACCUUUGUUCAAAGUCUGGAACAAGAGAAGGUGCUUCCGGUUUUACUGAAUUUGUCUCAAAAGCUACAAGACAUUUAAUGGUUCCUCUAUUAAAAACUUUCAUGUGUUUUACCACUUUGACGUGGACGCAUUCAGUAUAUUCGAACGUUCAGUACACAUUAAUUUAAUUAAAUAUAAACAAUCAUGGGUAUCUGGCCAGCCCGGACGGAGGGGUAUUUGACCAUGUUUUUUGCCCGUGCGGGCGAAUUUGACAAAAUGUUUCCGAAAAGUCAAAUUCCCGGGGGGAUGCUGGAUCGCAGUUGGAAUUGACUGGUACAAAUUAACAAUCAUGUGUAUGGUUCGGGUAAUCUUCAUUCGCAAAAUGAUAUGCUAAACAUAAUACAAAAUGUAACAUAAUAUAAAUGACAAACACUGAAACAAUUAACUGGAAAGCAAACGAAAACCCAAACCAUAUAAUAAUAAGAUUAAAGAGAUUGGACACACUAGCAUCAUAUAAAUAACAUAUAACUAUUACUUCUAUGUCUAACAUAUGUUCAAAUGUCAUGACACAGCUGGUAUACUCAGGUAGUUCAUAGUAAACGUUUUGUUAUGAACACUUAUAUAUUUCAGCCAUUCAGUUUACUCAAAUCAAAAAGCUUGUGUAAAUUUGUGAUGUCUCCUCGACAAAGAAUUGGCAAAGUAACUUGUGAAGAAACACAUCUGUUCCGUCCAUUCUCAGCUGGAUAUAACUCAUCUUCAGGAGCAAUGACAACUGUCAGGUACAGCGUACUUGUAGGAUUUUAAUUAAACUUGUAAAUUUGUAAGUUGAAAAUCGGCACAAAACAACAAUUCGUCACGAAACAUUUAGAAAAAAAUACCGCAUUCUCAAUGAUUCUCUCUUCUUGAUAGACAAAGCCUUGCAUUGAUUGGACAUGUUGUGAAGAACGAUGAAAGCCCAUCUAUGCCAGGUAGGCGUGGUCAAUCUGAUUCCGAAAAUGCCCUUUCGCAUUACAUCGAUCCAGUUACAGCUCGAACGGGCAAACAGAGGCCACUUUUGCAUAUUUUUAAUGUUUUUAAUUAAGCCGAACAAAUCACCAGCGGGUUAUUUUGACUUACGUCGCCUCUGAUUCAAUAUAUAACCGGAAAACGUAAGUCAAAAUAACCUGCUGUGGCGCUGUAUGCUGAUUUGUUCGCAAAAACGGCCUCGGUUUGCCCCUUCGAGGUAUAUUUACAACUGACCGCGUAGCUAGUAUUCCAAAGGUCGUAGGUUCGAUUCCCACCGUGGCCAGGCAUAUUUUUCAAGCCUGCCCGGUGUGGAUAUACACUCAGAGUAACAUCACAAGCAUAUUAUUCACCUGAGUACAUUACACCAAGACAGCAAAUAUUAGAGUCUAUACAAUAGUUCAGUUGUCAUAAUCACAGAUUGUUAUUGUCGAGGUUGUUAUUGCAUUUGUUGUUGUUGUUGCUGCUGUUAUUGUCAAUGUUGUUGUUGCUGCAUGCUGUUGUUGUGUGUCGGUGGUGGUGUUGUUUUUCAGAUCUUGGUGAGUUGGUGUUCAGAUUGAAAUGGUAAAAUGAACGUGAAUGCUCAAUGCUUUCCAUAACUGAAACAAGUCUAUUAAACAAGAAACUUACUGUGUUCAUUUGUUUUAAUAGCCACGGAAAAAUUGAGUCUGAAAUUUGAACACACGAAAGAUCCUGAAACGACGAGGAAAAACAACAAAGAGGUAGCCAGCAUACUUGAUAAGCUUGGAGCGGAAGAGGGAGCUAAACCUGACACUGCAAGACUCUUUACCAAACUCAUUUUCGCCGUCCGACGACUGAACAUGAAGGCAUUGAGAUAUGUUUGGAUACAACAUUACGAGUGCUUGCAAAGGGGAAAAUGCACCAAGGAAGAGAGUGAGAGAUACCAGUGAGUUAAAAAUAAUUAAUAUACUCUUGUUAAUAUCCUUUCUGAAGUCUCAAAGUUAGUUAUUAUAAUAUCUGUUGCAGCGUAUUUCUCAUUGCUUAUUUCACAAAUAUAGUUAUGAAAAUAACAAUGCCAACUGUCGUUAAGCGCAAAAGCCUAAAAUCAUGGGCGUACCGGAAGGAAAAAAAUAGGGGGGCGGAAAGAAAAUUGCCCGACUUUUCUGGAUUCUGCCCGCCAAAAAAAUUUCGGUCAGUGUACCAUUUUAGGGGUCAAAAAAUUUUCCGGACAACCAAUAUUUUUCGGAACACAACACAAAUUUUCGAAAAAUCACAAAAUUUGACAAAAAAUUGACUUAAUUUUAGGCAAAAUUGACAGAAUUUGUCCCAUUUUUUUUUUAUUGCAAACCAAAAUUGCCCGACUGUUGAUCGAAUAUUGCCCGACUGCCCAAAAAACUGGGGGGCUACCGCCCCCCCCCCGCCUCCCCGCCCGGUACGCCUAUGCCUAAAAUCUCUCCUUGGCAAUGUAAAAUAGUCUAAAGGAUCUUUUAAACGAUGUACAAUUACGUGAAUAAAUACGUCUUUUUAUAAAAAAAAUAUAUAAAAUAUCCCGCAACAGUUUUGUUCCAUGAUAAAAAUGAAUGUAAUCAAACUUCAUUAGGAAAUACAUUGUCGACGCUUUGUCUCAAUGUGGUACCUUGGAUUGCGCAGAGUUUAUGAUCUCCACUAUCACCGAUAAAAAAGUUGGUACAUCUCAGUCAGUUCAAUUCCUUACGGGAAUUGCAUUGGUUGGUAAACCGAGUGAGGAUAUGGUUGGAAACGUUCUGUUUUUCUGUCAAGAAACACCAUCUAGAACAGCUUUCCUCACGUUGGGUACCUUGAUGCACAAGUAUUGCAGUCAACAUUCGUGUGAUAAUUUGGUAGGUUGUAGGCUUUUACUUCCUCGAUUAGUCUCGAAUUUAUUAUUUAUUUGGCAAGAGUUUACUGUACGUUUUUUACAUCUGAUUUGUUGACCCAAUUUUUCGUCCAGUGAUGAUGCAGGGUGAAGAAGUCAUCUGACCGUAUUGCUCACUGGAGUUGUUUAGCAAAACCUGAAAUUGGUCCAAAGUGGUUUGGGUGGUUUCAAAUUGAUCCAUAAUGUAAACACGUAACUUACUGAAUAAGGUCUGAUCAGUCACCUCAAACUGUACUUUUUGGAGAAUUUUAAAUUAAAUUUUGUGCUAUAACUCAUCGAUAAAAGAAACGCGCCACCCGAAUAUUCCAAACACACUUGCAUGUAAGAUACAUUAUACCUACGGCUCAAUUGUUCUAUUGUUACUGUGUACGCAUUGUCUGCAUUAAUUUAAUGUUACUUGUGUAAAAUAUUUAAAUUAAUAUACUUGCAUUUCAUGGACCAAUUAAUUUCUAACUUAAAAUUUAGAAUUCUCGAAGUUUAAUAUAUCAAGCAGACAACUUCCUUCAAGGAAAACUGCGACAAAACUGUCAGGCCGAAACUCCCGAAGAACGUGAACAAAUAACCUUGGCUUUGAAAGCAAUCGGUAAUGCUGGGCGACCUUACACAUCAGUAGACAACAUUCUGAAAUGCGCUGUUCAACCCGGACCUUCUUUCAUCAAUAUUGAUGCUAUACAAGCUUUGCGACGUAUGCCAUGUGGCGAUGAAAUGACACAAGGUUUGCUGAACAUCUUUGAUGAUCUGACCGUGGAUACAGAGAUUCGCAUUGAGACUUUCCUCGCCUUGAUGCGAUGUCCCAGUCAGAACGUCAUCCAGAAAAUUGCUGAUAUUCUUGAUACUGAGAAGAACAACCAAGUUGGCUCAUUUGUUUGGUCUCAUUUGAAUAACGCUCUUGAAUCAACUGAACCAGUAUAUGGAAUUCCGUGAGUAUAUUAUAGUACAUUGUAAUUUCCUCCCUAUAUUUUAUAACGAUAUAAAUGAAUAUCAACUUGGUGGAUGACGUAGCAAAGCGAUUAUUUGUUACAUUACAUACAUUGUUCAAGUUAAACCUAGCCAAGUUUCUCGUUCUGGUCAUACAUCAAAGUACUAUCAGUGUUUAGUAUAAUUUCAGAAUUGAAAAAUGGCCUUUGAGCAUUCUGAUUUGGUCCCUCAGCAGUCAGCAGUAACUCUGAUACAAUAGUUACUGCUCAGAUUUCUCUGAGCAGUAACUAUUGCUUUUCCCAAAAAUAGCUAAAAAUCAAUCAGACAGAAGUAAAUUAUUUAAUGCAAAUUAUAUUCAUGAAAUAAACACGUGUAUUAGUUAUAUUUAUAAAUAAAACUUUUUCAUUACUGAAAUUAUUUUACUUUAAAGCUAUCAGUGUUACGGUAAGUGCUUUGAAAUGGUUGAAAGGUUCUUAAAUCCAAAAAUAUUCUCGAUGCAUAAACCUGGCUCCUCAGUGGUUGGGCCCUGUAGUAUGGUGAAACGCAUUAUUACGCCGCCUAUAAUAAUUUCAAACACCUACUCGGUUCGAAAUUCUAUUGGACACCCUGCAUUUUAACUGUACCAGUAUAUUAAGAUAUUCAGUUUUCAGUUUGUAAAAAUAAAUAGUUGCCAAUCUUGAAUUUGUUUCUGUUGCCUAAUUCCAGCAAUGCAUUUGUUUCCAGAUUACGUGACGCAAUAUCUCAAGCACUCCAACGAAGAAAACUUCGAGCGUUCAACCUUGAUCACUUGCGAUUUUCUCAUUCUUAUGAAGCAUCCUAUUACAACAGUAAGUUUUCAAUCGAAUAUCUGUAUUUACUAUUUUCUUUUACAAUCGAUUUCGAUUGAAAUACAGUUUAUUACGUGAUUUGAAAAAAUCUGUACUAUACUGUAGUGUACAUUGUAUAGAUUGUACUGUUUCUUCUGUUCUCUUCCGUUCCUACCUGUACCGCUCUAUUUUUUUCUGGACAUCAUGUACCUUCCAAUUUUAUUCUCUUCCUUUUCUAUUCUAUCCAAUUCUAUUUCGUUUUUUAGCUCACUUAUACUUUUUAUCUGCAGUGAACAAUGACUUAUACUUUUUAUCUGCAGUGAACACAAUAACUUUAUUUUCCAGAGAAACAUGAAGUCGGUGGCUCAAGCCAAGCCCAAGUUGUCUUCCACCCAGACAGUUACUUCCCACGAAGUGCCAAAUUCAACUUGACAGUUGACAUGUUGGGAGCAUCCGUCAAUCUACUUGAAACAGCAGCGAGAUUUGAAGGUUUCGAAACUUUGAUUGAACAGAUGUUUGGUCCUGAAGGCUAUUUCCCGGAUGAACGUUUGAUGCAAUUGUUAAAGAUUAAACCAACUGAGGCCAUGGCUCGAGGGAGACGUAGUGCUACUGAAGACGAAAUGAAUGAAAUUAAGACUAAUCUUGAAGAGUUGCAAGACAAGGUACGGAAUAUAUUACGAUUAUAAAAUCACUAAGAUCAUGUAAUAUAAUACACGAGAAAAUUAUGAUCGCACUAAUGUGUAGACUUGCUAUAUAGUAUCGAUCCACUAUAGUGUACAUUACAUGACGUAGCACGAAGAGGCGGAGCGAAAAAGAGAGACUUGUCAACUUCGGAAAAUCUCGGUUCAAAACUGAACCGAAAAUGCAAGACUUACUAUUGUGCAAGACUUGCUAUGAACACAUGUUAUCAUAAUGCUGCCCGAACAGUACACCUGGAUACAUGCAUGUGUAUAGCUAUGGUGUGUUUUGAACAAAAUUAUGCACAAAACCCUCUGCAUUAAAGUGAAUAUAGCCGGAACAUCCUUCAUCUUGAUCACAGUUAUAAUCAUAGUUUUGAUAGAGAACUUGGCCAUAAUAGCUAAGGUUAGCAUUACGUAUAUAGCAGCAACUUGAUCAACUACCUUUGACAGCAAAGUAAGCGUUUUCUUUGUCUUCUUACUAUCUUCUUAUUUUGUUUUAGUUGAAAAUUGAAAGGAAAAACCCGACUGGCGCUCUCUCUUUGAAAGUAUUCGGUCACGAGUUACAGUUCUUGAGUUUUGAGGAUAUUGAUUGGCUGCAGGGAGAGGCUGAUUCCAUCAACGUCAUCGACACCUUGAUCAACAUCGCUCGUGGUGGUAAAGUUACAUACACAAAGAGCUUUAUGUUACUUGAAGCUGAUCAUGAGAUUCCCACUGGGCUCGGAGUUCCUCUGAAGUUGGCUGUAAAUGGUUCAGGUGUUAGUUCUGUAACGCUGAAAGGAAAGUUUGAUAUCCGUGAUAUGUUUUGGGGAAAGAAGAAAUUUGAUGUGCGAGGAUAUGUCACUCCUAGGUAAGACCGUCAUGUAGUUUAUAGAUGUUUAACCCUUCGUACUUUAUAAAUGAUAAUCUUGAUAAAUGAUAUCAGUGAUUAAAAAUUAGCAUGCCAUGGUUAUCCAGUUCGAUGAACUUCUACGAGUUUUACGAUCGAAAUGUACCUGAUGUUGAAAAUAGUAUUAGAUUUUCUAAUAUCCAGACGUUACGAUUGCCGGCGAUUGAAGUCUAGGACCGCUUUUGGAUGAUCAGGUCAUUUUCCAGAGAACCAAUGUACUCAUUCAUUUAACACUUCGAAAAAAUAUACAGCUACAAAUUCAAUAAUUUAUUAUUUAGUUAAAGAAAUAUAUAUUAUGUUAAAGAAAUAUUUGUUAUUUCUUUCCAGUGCAACCAUUGAUAUUUCUGGCAAAAUGACUGUGGACGCCAUUCAUGCAUCAUCAGGUAUUCACGUGAACGCAUCACUCUACACAUCUACUGAGAUCAACGGCAAUGCGACUUACAAGGAAGGCGAAGGAAUCAAACUGAGCGUUGAACCACCAACAAAGCCAAUUUACAUCGUUAAUGUUAAGUAAGUCAGUGCUUUUCUAUACAUUAGUAAUAGGCAUGUGUGGUACUGUAUAAGCCAAGUUGUCAUUUGGUAGAAACUGUGGUGACCAAGUCAUGCUCGAGGAUGUAUGAUUUCUUGUGUUGUGCGUGUAAAUUGUUUUGAUUCUCCAGAUAUUUCUCUGCCACCUUAAUAUGGCCACGAUCGUGACCCAACGAUCACAGCCUAGCGCGAUCUUUAGUCAAUGCGCUACCCUACUUGCUGGAAGUAAGCAAUCUUCUACAUUCAACUAUUCGUUUUAUCUAUUUUACUGUAUAGUUUCUCCAAUCUAUUUAUCUACUUUUGAACUAUGACAUCAAACCAGUCCUAAUUUAUUCCAUUGCAGGUCAAACUUGGCGACAUUCCUGAACGAAAAACGAGAAAAGAUCUCGGGUUCUCCAAGAAGAUUUGAGGUAGGACUGAUUGCAAUAUUUCAGCCAUUCAAUCUUCAAAAUAAUUAUUAUAAUAAGACAGAUAAGACAUUAAUACAAGAGACACAAGAACCAGAGUGUUAUACAUCGUUUCCCCAAUUACGUUUAGCUAGCAAUUUAACUGCCAAAAAUAACAUAAUUAUCAUGAAGAAAAUUAAAAAUGAUUUCCCAAUUUCAUUAAAUUGCCAAUCUUUUUUCUUCUGACUGAGAACAGCGAUGAGUUGACCAAAUUUUCCCGUUUACAUUAUCCAGUUUUUUAUUACUCGCUGGGGCUCUGUGCGCCAGACGAGUAUAGGUUUCGGCACGCAUGGUGGAUGUCAGAUUUCCGUCGAUAGCCACAAAAUAGAAUAUUAAUGAGCUGCCUAAUUUUCCCCCAAUUAUCCAUAAGGCUCCUGCCGAUUUUACCCAAUUAUCCAUAAAUAGCCCUCCAUUUUGAGGAAAAUUCGGGAAAAUUGAACAAUUUUACAAGGAAUUUCGCAUGGAAACAGCAACCUUCGCAAAUCGCAAGUUUAUAAAAGUUUAUACGUUUGACUGUGCUGCUUUAUAUUUUGAGAAGAAAGCGACACCGUUCGAUUCAGUGUAAGAAAUUGUACUCACGGAUGUCUAAUGUAUUACUAAACAGCAGUAUUCUAGCGAUUUAUGGCCUUUGAAAAUCAAGCGAAAUUGGUCAAAUUGUAUGUUGACAAAUCGCUCGCUGUACGUAUUGUUAUAAACAAAUCACUCGCACUACCUUUGUCCUUGUAUUUGUAAUGCCUCAUGGCGCAAUAACGAUAAAAAUAUCACCGUUCGAUUCAGGGUAAGAAAUUGUACUAAACAAUAGUAUUCUAGCGAUAUAUGGUCUUUGUCUUUGAAAGACAAGCGAAAUUGUAUUGUUAACAAAUCGCUCAUACGGAUGUCAAAUGUAUUACUAAACAACAGCAUUUUAAUUAGCGAUUUAUGGCUUUGUCUUUGAAAGCCAAGCGAAAUUGUAUUGUUGAUAUCAUUGAUUUUCUCUUUUUCGGCCGUACAGUAUACCAGUGGAUUCGUCUUACUUCUCUCCUCAUUUUGAUAGUAUUUUGAGCCAAAAAGCCCCCAAAUAUUUUAUUUUGAACGUUUUAAAGCGCAGUUUAAUCCUAGCGUACGGACCAACUGACGGCUGACAGUCUUGAAGAAUGUAGCGUACUAAAUAUAACUUUACUUGUAGGGUUAAGCCUUUUGCGCUCGUAUUCGACUUUUCCGCUUAGUAUUAAUGUGCGUAUUUGUAUGACUUGUAUAGCCCCAGCGAGUUAACGCUCUGCAGAGCGUCUUGUUCAUCUUUGAACUCGUUUAACUAGAAAUUUGGUUUGAGUUAACCCAGUAGUGGGGACGUACCCUGAGCAAGGAUGACAAAAUGGCGAAGUUGAACUAUUUAAGCAAAUUUCACAUCUUCUAAUUGUACAGCCCCCAUGCCAGUUGCCAUUUUGAAUGGACAGAACCAGGGAGUCCUCUUCAGUUUAAACUGGGGCCCCUCUACGCCACCAGGAAAUCUUGCUUUUAUUAACCAAGCAAUACUACAGCAGGUUAUUCAUAAUAUUUCGUUUUCUUUCUUUCUUUUCCAGCACAAGAACUGUGCAAACUUCACAAGAUUCCUCGGCGUCAGUCUUUGCGGGCAUGUUUCUGUCCCGAUGGCAUAUCGCGACUACAAUGCACCAUAUUUCCCUCUGAGCGGAGAUUCUUCAUUCGGAAUGGUCUUCCAUACAACCAAGCCGGAACUUGCAAGGUUUGAAGUGGAAACACGCACGUUGACAAGUAAAGACGAGAACCGUCAUGACUGGAUUUUCAAUGUUCAUGUUCCAGGUCUAACCUUCGGUAGGAAAGUUGUUGGAAACUCGACAUUUCAAUUCCUGGACGAUGGUCAAUAUCUGAGCGUAUCGUGUGGUAUUCAUAACUACAAGUUUGGUAAAUUCGAGGCUAAAUACAACAACGUAACCAACAGACUGCACACCAAGUUCUCAACACCAAGAAUGGCUUACCUGCGACCAAUAACGAUUGAAACUGAGGUGAGUACAGUCAAUAAUUAUAGUCAAUUAUGCUAUGGUCUGGUUAUUGAUAUUUGAAAAAACACGGAAGUGAUUCAGUUAAUUAAUAUGGCAAUGUUUUCACACACAGGAACAACUGCAUGCUGUAUAGCAAUCGAAAUUUUGGUCGACCGACUGAUUAAAAGCUAUAGGCUGUGACUGUCACCUAUCAUCUUUUCUAAAUGAAUUCAUUUUUGAAUAUAAAUGUCUGAUUUAUCGACAAAGGGUCGGAGUUGAUUAAAACACUUUUAGUUCUAAUUAAUGUGAACUUUUUAUGUAUCCUUCAUUCCAGUUGUUCAACACCAGAAACAAUGAUACAAAUACUCAAGACGUUGGAAUCGCCAUUAAUGCUUCAUACAAUAACUUCACCAUCACAGAUGUUCUCUCAUUCCAUAAACACAAAGAUCAAUAUGGAGUAAAGAGCAAGUUCACGUACUGGCCAAAGAAACACAUCACCACUGAAGCACAGUUUUCUAUGGAGAAGAGAAGCGUGUAUAUAAAAAUGGAUGAUUCUAGCAGUACGAACAGGUUUUUCUUUGCGGGCAAAUUUGGCAAGAGCACGAACAGAUUUUAUGUUAAAAUCGGAAAUGAUCUUUUGAAGAAAGAAAUAAAAAUGAACGGAGAAUUCAGCAUGAAGAAUAAGAAAGUUCUGGUUGAUCUAAUAACAAAACCUUCCUGGAAUGUUCUGAAGUUCGAAGCUUACCCAAGAUGGAACGCUUUGGAAAAUGCAUUCUACAUGCGACUGUCACAUCUGAACUCGUCAUCAUAUGUGACCGGUUACCUUGGUUCUUCGUCUCUGAAGAGAGAAUCAACACUCAAGUUCAAUGGCAUCUUCAUGAAGAAACCAUUCUUACUUCGUGCAAGUCAUUACGUUCUUAGCAGUGGAAGAAAAGUUGAAUGGACUGCUCAAGGGUUUGGUAACAGCGCUAACGCAUCUGUUGAGUACUCAGCGAAGAGAUGGUCAAAGAAUAAUGUUGAAAUUACUGCCGCGUUCAACGACAAGGCCAUAAAAACCGGAGUAUUUUUGAAAGAGAAAGGUAUCGGCGCCUAUCUGAAUGAUAAAACAAUGGAAUUUGAGGCGGAUUACAGGAAUGAAAACAAGAGCAAAGGAUUGACGAUUUCAGUACAAAUGUAUGAUCAACUACAAAACAAGAAGAAACUGACGGUUAAUUGUGAAUACACCAAAUAUGAUGAAGAAACAACUUUGGCAUUCAGUAUUGAUGCACCAGGUUAUACCAACCGUAUAGCAUGGUCGUAUUACCAGCACAGAACUGAAAGUGGAUUGAAAAUGGACGCCACUUAUUUGAACAGCUUGUUGAUGAAGCGAGUAUUGUUAAAAACGGGUAUUUUCAGACAUGAUAACGAAAAGGGAUUGCGAGUUUUUGGUGAUGUUUUGGACAAGGAAUUCGAGGCGAAAUGGAGUAUUUUAUCAGGAGACAGGUCCGGUAUGAAAUUUGUCGCUCGGUAUAUGAAGAAAGAACUAACGUUACAAUCAACAUGGAUGGCUAACAAUCUCUUAAAGGAAUGGAGAAUUGAUACAACGUAUGAUAACCAGAAGACUUCUUUGGUAUCCACCUAUCGACCAGAGGACAAAUACUUGUGCUCAGAGAUCGUUGGUUUGUCAGCUGACCGAUUGGAAGCUUGUCUGCAGCUCAUUAAUAAUGACGGAGAGAAAUCCUUGCGUCUUGUAGGUGAAGGAGUUGGAAAAACAGCUGAAAUGAAAGCAGGCUGGAUCCACAACGCUGAAUCCAAGGGAGCCAUACUUCAGAUGAGCUACAAUCGAGUUCAAGUUUCUGAUUUCUUUAUCGGACUUGUAACUCCUCCGUCAUACACUGGAUUACGUCUGAGAGGCACUGUAAAGGGGAAGAAUGUGGAAGCUUUACUCAAGUACAAGAACACGCCAUUGAAACGUUCACUUAAUCUCGAUCUUAUUGUCCAAGGAAAACUCGUCACGUUUGAAAGUAUGCUGGUCCGUGAGCCUGCUUUGCAAGGUGUCCAGGUCAACAUGAUUUAUGAAAGCAAAAAGAUGGGUUCCUUGUUUGCUCUUCUUCAUAAGAAAUCAUCUGCCAAAGUAUUCAAGAUUGGUGGUAAAGCAAUGCAUUAUGGUGCUGAGUACAAACUUUCCUUGUCAAAAUCCAAACUAGAGAAAAAGGUCUCGUCUAUGGUUGUUUUCAUGGCACCCUCAACGCACUAUAAAUACGGAUACUCCGUUUCUCACAGCAAUCUUGGAACAAGCGGUCAACCUAACCAUGUCAUAACUACAAGAUUACACUACGCUGAAGACAAAGUUCUGACUUCUAUCUACCAGUUUGUCAACUCGGAGCAAAACUUUAAUCUCUUAUCUAAAAUGGAGUUAGCUCCUGGACAGUUCCUUACCAACAAAAUUGCAUAUCACAAACAAAAUCGCAAGUUGUCUAUCAAUUAUGAACUGUUGCCUGGUAUUGGUAUAACAUACCUUGCUGCUUUUGUGAACGAUGAUCAAUUCAUGGGCAUACAAUCUAACCUAACUAUUAUGGACUACCCAAUGGACAGCUCUGCUAUGCUGAACAAACAAAGUGGACUUCUGACGUGCAGGCUCACUUACUGCCCUGUUAAACCACCUGUUGAAUUCACCAGUCACCUUCGACGAGAUAACGGAAUAGACUUUGGUUUUACUCUCUCUGCACUUGAUCGAGUUUGGAACAAUAAGAUCUUGAUGGAUUACUCGUUGAAACAACUUCAAGUGAAUUUCGAUGUUCUACCUAAUAUUCCGAUUCAAAUAUUUGCUAAGAUGUUUGAAAACAAGCAGUUUGUGUUGAAUAUGACAACAUGUUCAGCAUUUUCAGUUGAGUUAGCUGGUACGGCGUUGACCAAUGAAGAAUACCAUCUUACCUUAAAGCACAAGUUCUUGGAAACCAUAUUUGAAGACUUCAAGCUAUCAAUAAGCUCACUCCAACAUUUGAACAAAUUACGCUUACGAUGGGAAUCUAAAGCCGGAAGAGAAUUGUGGAAAGAUUUGAAUGCCACUAUGCAGAAACUCAUAGACGGAAGCCUUGCAAGUCUGGCAACCUUAGGCGAAUCGGCUGGAAAAAUUGCAAAUGAUACCGUGAACUACUUACGAAAUGAUGGACGGGAGAACCUCCUUGCCGCGGUGAACAGAAGCAAGGAAAAAAUUAUUUUCCUUAAAGAACUGCUACGUAAUAUUGAGGUAUACAAUGCCAUCGAAAACUACUCUACCCAUGCUGCUGAAUUACUGAAAAAGUUAAAGAUAGAUCUCUUGGAGCUUGUAGACGACAUGAAAAUGUAUGGUACUCCAUUAAUUGAUACAUAUAAGUACAUCGAGCAGACGGUUAAAGAAAUUUCACCCGAACUUUCUCCAUUUACUGAGUUAUUUGUAGGGGAUCUUAAGAAGUGGGCGUCAAGGACAGUCACUCGCUACUUGGCCGUAUCUAUCUGUGGAACAACCAUUGAAGAAAUCGUAGACAUGAUCACGGACAAAACUCAGUAUUAUUACGUAAUGGUCAAGGACAAUAUCCAGAAACAAGUUGAGCUGUGUAUGAUGAGGUGCCAUAAGAUGAAGUCAGUUUUGAAGGAAAUGGAAAACCUUGCAAAGAAAGCAAAAACAAACAUUGAAGAUUUUACCUGUAACUAUAACCUGGAAUGCACUAAACGAAAUGUUGAAGUAGAACUAAAGAAAUUGGUUGACCAUGUUUCCCAAUAUGAGUUUAAACGUGUCCCUGAACGCUUGAAUAAAAUUGUGGAACAACUGACGCUGAAAUACAAAGAAAUGGAAAACUAUGUCUUGCUUACAAUCAAGGAAAAGCACUUACAAGAAAGAGCAAUGAGAGUUCUACAACCAAUAAUUAAUUUCCUAAAGGAUGUCACUCGCACCGUGAAAAUGAAAGUCCUUCCUCUCCGAGAGAAAGUUGAAGACAUCGUAAAGAGAUCAGACAUGAUGGUGUACUACAACAAAAUCAAGGAACAAUACAAAGAAUUUACGAAAGCUGUGGAAAGGGCGCAGGUAUAUACGACAAAGAAUGUUGAAGUUGCAAGGACAAAUCUGUUGAACAAAAUUAACAAAACCAAGGAAUCUUUAAAAACAGUAAGAGCGAAAGCUUUAGUCAUGUACCAGAAAUUAGUAAAACUUAUUCAUGAACUGAAGGAAAUGUCCUGGGAAGAGUUGCAAGUGUAUACUAAAAAUGAGAUUGAAAUUAACUUCGAAAAAGUGAAAGAAAAACUGGUUGUUCUUAGAAGAACGGUCAUGGAGAAGGUCGAGUCUUGCUUAGAGUCUUGCUUGGAGCGUCAUGCUGAUAAAAUUGAUUUGAUGAAGAAGCUUGGUGAAACCAUCCGUACCACUUAUGAAGACAUAAUUAACGGACGUGUAAGUGUUCAGGAUGCUCAGGAGAAGCUUGAACUGCUUUUGAAAAAGUUGAUAGACUAUCUUAAAGAACAGAAAUUGCGGGCUACGGAUAAAAUUAAAGCUCUUAAACUUGACGAAGCUGCAAAGAAGACGUACAAGUUUGCUGUUGAACUUUAUCGAAAAACACGAGAAGAUCUGAAAGAGAAAGUAACAACUCUAUAUCCUAAAGUAAUUGAAGAAUUGAAAAAUCUACUUCUUAAGAUAAAAAAAGUUGCGGUUAAGUAUGCGGAGCAGGCAAAAGUAAAAGUUGUGGAGGUAUGUGAUAAGCAAAUAGUUUAUCUGAAGGAAGCUAUGGAUAAACUGCUGGAUACACGAGAAAUUCUAAUCAAGAAGGUAUAUGAAUUAUUAGAGAAGUACAAGGACUAUGGUAUUGAUCUUGUCGAGAGUCUGGAGAUAGGAAUCAUGAAACUGAGGGAGAGGUACGAAAGAGAACUAAAGGAAGCGAUUAUUGAAUACAAGGCAAAACUGAUAACUACACUCGAGAAAGCAAAAAGGGAAAUCCACAACGCUCUUAAAUUAUACCGAGAUAUGCCAAUCGAGGACAUUUAUCUAAAACUACGAGUGAAGGCGAGUGAAACAUUUGAAAAACUUCUUGGAUUCACUAUCGGCGAAACGCUGAUCACCUAUAAUAAUGCAAAGGAGAAGUUGAAGGAAAUUAAAGUAUUUUAUCAAAGAAACAAGAAGAUUGUCGAAGCCAAAUGGAGGGAGAUUAGAGAUGACAUCGAAGAACUCGAUCAGAGGUAUAGAGCUUUGGUAGUAGAGAAUUAUAAGAAAGCAUCGAUGUAUUACCGCAAAAAUAUCCAACCUAUCACCGUUGCAUACUUUUCGGCAUUGAAAGAUUUCGGUCGCGAUGCCAUGUUUGUUUCGUCUGUCAAAUUCGAGCAAUUAAAACUUUGGUACGACCACGUGAAAUACAUCAAGUUUAAGGAGUUCUAUGACAACGUGAGAAAUCAUUUGGCAAAAUAUAACUUCAACCUAAAGGAAUUUUGCGAAAAGAGAAUCAAAGUUUUGGUGGAGGAGAUUAAGAAGGUUGAAGCAAAAAUUCAAGAUUUUAUUAGCGACGUGAGAAAAGAAUCGAAGAACGUGAUUCAACGUAUUGAACAAAUCAAUAAAGAUGUAAAACAAGAUACUAUUGAAACCUUUGGGCCUUAUGAGAGAAUAGUAAGAAAUGUUCUAAUUCAACACAAGACCAAGGCUUUGAAGAAACUUGCUCCACUUAACAAGAAAUACGAAACGAUGACUACUUUGCUGGCAGAGUACAAGAACACAACUGAGCGCUACGUGAAACGUCGUCUUCAGAAGAUCAAGGAUUUGGAUCGAGAUGAAAUCAUGGAUAUGCUUAUUACGUCAGUAAAAAGAUGUCCGUUUUUGAUGCGAGCAAUGGAUUUGUCAUUGAAAAAAUGUCCAUUCUUGAUGCAAGUAAAGGAAUCCUAUGAGUUUAUUCGCAAGGGCUACUUGUUCCCACGAAUUGUCGAAUCUCUGAAUAGAUGCCCAUUCCUCUACCAAGUUCGUACUCAUAAAUUAUGGUCUGUACUCAAACAGGAAAUCGUGGACCACGAAUUUGUCAUCGGAGCCCAAGUAUUAGGAAAAUCAUCUGUUAAAAAGCUUGAAGAACUAUCUACCGAUUACUACUCGCGUUCUCUUCCCAAAAUCCGCGAACUGAGGGACAAAACGUAUGCGGGAUUGGAGCAACUCAAGAAUGAUAUGCUGGUGAGAAAUGAAAAGAUCAAGAAAACUAUCGUAGAAAAGCGUGAAGAAAUCAACUUAAAGCUUCGCGACACUCAUGAAAAACUUCGAUCUGAGGGUGAACGGCUAGUAGAAGACGCUCGUGAUCUGUACGAAUUAGGAAACAAAAAUUUACAAGAAACCUUGGAACGUGUCGGUAACGUGAGUAUCUAUGAUAUUGAGACAAGAAUCCGACAGAACCUGAGACGUCUUCUCGUCCCAGUGAAAACCGCGUACACAGAGUUGUCUAAAUUUGUAGUUGCUGAACUAUUGAUUCUUGAUAAACACCAUCGUGAACUACAAGAACGAGUAAAUGUUUUACGUACAUCUUUGAUAAGUCUAACCAAUGACAUUAAAAACAAGUAUGAAAGUGUCUCAACUAAAGCCAAAGAAUGGGGAAUGCGAGCAUGGACAAUCAGAAAAUCUGAGAGUGGUAAACUUGGAAAGCUGUCGGAAAAGAUUCAGGAACAUUUGAAAAAGUACACCAACAAGAGUAUGGUUCUGGGUCAAAGACUCAUUGACGAGUAUGUUCCAUAUAGAGAUUUACUAAAAAUGACGCCUAAUCAACUGUUUGAUCGAUUACAAAAAGUAGACCUGAAAGCUGAAGAAACUUGCAAAAUGGUUAAGGAAAUCACUGAACGUUUCAUUGCCUUUUCCUUCCGCAUGUUCAAGGAAGUGAAAAAUAGCGUGGAUCCUGAAAAGGUACAAGAAAUAAAAGAAAAAGUACGAAAGUUAGUCAACAACACCCGUGAUCAGAUGCAUUUCCUAGCUACCGAGAUCUUGGAGACCACAGUGUUUGUGACGAAGUUCUAUGGAUCUGCAGACACCGUUUACAGCACACACCCUGAGAUGGCACGGUUUGCGGACUACCAACUAAAAAGAUUCAUCAACUGUUCACGAAUCUGUAAGGCGAAAGCGAUGGAGUUCUAUUACGAGGCCAGAGACAUCGUAGAGAGAUUAUUCGCAGAAGCAAAUUAUACAUACCAUAACAAGUUGCCACAACUCGUGAAAUACAUUAAAACCGAAAUCAAAGACCUGGACACUGCAAACCUUAAGAAAUUGAAAGAAAUGGCUAACGAAUAUCUGAACAUCAGCAAGGAAUACGUGGAGAUCAAAUACGUUGACACUUUGGUGACAUUAGAACAAAUAAAGGUAACAAUUCAGGAGUACUUGAUGUCUAAACGAUCUGAACUCACCCUGAAACUGAACGAAACCAAAGAAAAACUAGAGAAAUGGUUGAAGAGCAAAGUACAGAAGAAGGUCGAUGAAGUGUACAAGAAACUUUUGGUGGUGUUUGAAGACGCCAAAGAGUUGGUUCAAAAUAGAUAUGACGAGAUUCUUGUCUAUUUACGAAAGUUGGACAAGCAAUACAGAACCUACAUGACGAAGUGUGGUGGUAUUAUUUCUCAUAUUCCUGUUUUGGCAAAGAACGCCAUCGGUAGAUUGCCACUGAUUCUUGAUAUGAUGGAACGAGAUUUAAAAACCUUGAUGAAUGACGGUGUCGACAAACUGCGUGAAGGAAAGUUGUACAUUCGAGAUGAAGUCUUCCCGAAAGUUAACCAGACCUACAUGGAAAGUGUAAAUACCCUGAACAAGCACUUUGCCCAGCUGAAGAAAACGACCAAUGAUGUGGUGAAUUCAAUAAUGGAAGACAUCAAAGAAGAAUUACCUGUCAUUAAGGAGAAAAUUUUAAACAUCAUCGACAUCAUUCGAAAAACCGAAAUCGCUUUAGUUUCAGGUGAACUUGAAUUGAAACUUCCACGUUUACAUGAACUGCGUUCGAUGUUUUCUGAUUUAAAUACGUUGAUGACGAAGAAAUAUGGAGUAAUCUACACUAAGAUGGAAAGACUGUAUCAAGACAGCAAGCAUAAUGGCGAGGACAUUUUAGAACGUGUGAUGAAAGAUACCAAGACAACGUUAAAAUAUAUUCGCGAAGAUGUUCCCAAAUUCUGUGAGUCAAAGAUCACUGAACUUCGUGAGUUGGUGCAACCCAAAUUAACAUCCUUAUUAAGAUCUGCUAAAAUGGCUUUCCAAGAAUUGCAGAGAAUGCGACAGGAAGUCAAAGAAUUUUGUGAAGAAAAGAAAUUGAUUUUCUACAAGAAGUGUAUUGAAGGACGACAAAUGGUUCGUGACUAUAUGAAAACGCUGUUGGAGACAGGUGAAGAUAUUUUGGAAGACGUAAAGAAACAAAUUUCAGGAUUGAAAUUUGAAACCAAGGUAAAAAUCGAACAGCUUCAAAACAAAUCCAUGCAAAUGAACAACGAUCUAACGGAAGCCGUAAGUGAAAGCCGAAAAGUAUUGGAAGAGAAAAUCGAAGCCUUUAAUUCAAUCGACGUUAAAAAGUUUAUUAGCAAGUACAUCGAUGUAGAAGACCUGAGGAAUAAAACCAUCGAGAUUAAAGAAGAUAUCCUUAACAUGAGUUUGGUCCAUGAUCUUGUGAAGAUGGGAGAAUCGUGCUACAUGGAAGGUCGAAGAUUGGUAGAUCUUGCGAAAGAGAGCAGUGAGUUUGCGUUGUACGUGAUCAAACGUGUUGUGAAAUACAGUGAUGUCUGGGAGAUUGUCGAAGAACUGACAAAUCCAUUCCACUGGAUUCCUCCUUCAAACAGUAAGUACUGUUUUAUUGUAUGUUUACUAACCUUAACUCAUACAACCUUGUACAACCGUAUAUGUAUAUAUUCUUAACUCAUGUAUACUCAACUUUUGCAUCUCACGUAUAAUUACCUUUUUGUUAUUUAACAAACUCCUUCGCCAAAUAUUUUCAAAUCAUCGCAACUGCUCUCGGUUAGGUAUAAAAUUUCCAUCAUUUUAGAAUGUUUUCCCCCGAAAUUCCAUGAAUAAAAAAUAACUUGAGGCCCAAACCAAAUUCAGGCAACAUGUUUUCGUUGGAAUUGCUACAAACAUUCAACCUAUCUCAAUCAGUCAUAUAUAUCAUUGUGUUUCUUUUACCAGGUAUUGCAAUGAUAUUUGGAAAACCUCAUGUGUACACUUUUGAUGGCCAAUCAUACAAGUUUGUCGGCUACAAGAAGCCUUCAUGCACCUACGUCUUAGCUCACGACUUCAGAGAUAAUAAUUUCACUCUUAUGAGCCAAGAAACAGCCUUAAUUGUCAACACUAAGUCUGGAUUCAUCAAGAUACAUGCAAGUGGAAAGGUUGAAGCAACAGUGAGCAAAGAUGCUGACGGAAAGGAAGUGAAGACCACCCAUAAUGAGUUGCCUGUUGAAAUGAUGCAAAUGACAGUCAGAAGAGAAGGUUCAUCCAUUAAGAUCAAACAUGAUACAGGUCUUGGCAUCGUCUGUGAUCUUAGACAUUUCUUGUGCACAUUCAACAUCAACAAAUUCUAUCAUGGAAAACUAGCAGGUAAGAAAUUGAUUAAGUUACAAAUUGGUAAACAAAUGCAAUAACCUUGCCACAUGCUGGUGGUUUUAAUUGGCGCUGGAAGUCAAAAAUUAAAUGGGGCGCGGGAAGUUCUUUCCUUACUUGCCCAGUACUGCUAUCUCCUCCGCAGGGGGCUUUAGCACGCUGCGUGUUUAUCGCCCAGCGACUCCAUGCACAUAAGAUGUAAUGAAAUGCGCCAUGACAAGCGUUAUCAAAAAAGCCUCUGCGGAGGAGUGAACCAGUAUUCCCCAUCCCUUUUCAAUCCCGUAUUUCUUCGGCAUUGUCAACACGCAGUAUAUACGAAAUUAUAAUCAUUUAGCCUUUCUCACGACCGAUUUUCUCGCCAUUUUGGGGGUACUACCACGUUUACCGCACCACGAAAUGCAACUUUUUAGUACUGUAGUUGUUUGUAUAAUGGUAAAUUUACAGUUACAACUUUUAAAAGUUGCUUUUCACUUUGGUUGAAUUGUCCAGAAUCAUUCACGAGGGCAGACAGUACCCCCAAAAUGGCGGAUUUUAGUCUUCGUGAGAAAGGCUAAUUAACUGCACGUUAGAGGAACCAAUCCCAAUUCGCAGAGGUGAACGGUGCAUGCAGCAACCACUGUACUACCUAAACACCAUUUAACAAUAAUGUACUUAGUUAUAUACAUCUGGUACUAGGAAAACAACAUACAAAUUUAAUGUAUUUAUCAUUUAGGAUUACUUGGUACGAACAACAAUGAACAGUAUGACGAAUUCUUGAAACCAGAUAAAACUAUUGCCAAGUCAAUGGUGGAGUUUGCUAAUGCCUGGGAAGUGAGUGGUGACCCAGAAUGCAAAGUGACCGGUACUGAACGUAAGGUAAGAACCCGUUUUGAGCGACACACUCUGUAUUUCAUGCACUUCGUAUUCACGUUUGCAAAUCUGCUACCAUUAGCUUAAAAUGGUUAUCAAAUUUAAUAUAUAUGAAUGUUCAGUUCAACGUCAAUGGUGACGUAUUUAUUUAGCAUUACGAAAAUUCAUAUCUAGGGUUUGGGUCACGUUUGUGUUGGGUUCAGUUACAAUAGGGGGAUUCAAGGUUUCUGACGCCAUCUUGAAUCUAUUGUCUUCACCAUUGUGUUUGCACCCCCUGCAAAUUUACCUAUAAGGAAUUCCAUUGUGUUUGCACUUCUUGCACUAUUGUGUUUUGUUCUAGCGUCGGAAACCUUGAGCUUUAUUUCAAAACUAACAUUUUAUCUUGUUCUUACAGCCUACCUGCGGAAAGAAACCAUCUUCACGGUGUGAGGAACUCUUCGUGAGCUCUUCAUCUCCACUGGCACGAUAUUUCAAGACACUUGAUCCCAAACCAUUCCACGACGCAUGUAUCUUCGAUACGUCAGACUGUAAGACUGAUGUUCCGCCAAGUGAAAGCUUCUGUAACGUCACUGCUGCCUACACAGCUUUGCUGAGAGAGAAGGGAGUCUGGGCACGACAACUACACGAGUGUGGUGGGUAUCGAUAUUUAAUGACUUUAUACUAGGCAUUUAAAUUUAAAAUGUAUAAAACAAAGUAUACUCCGAACAGAAGCAUCUUGUGCGUUUAAGAUUUGAUAAACAAGAAACCAUCAAAAUUAUUAUCACUACCGAGCAAAGACGAAACUAUUAAUAUAAAGUGUUGGCACUGGUGAGAUGAGCCAAUCUCUGAUUGCUUUGCAACAAGUGUUUAGCGAAGGAUUUUUGAAUUGAUAUUUAAGGCCGCCGUGAAAAAUAGUUUGUUUUGUUAGAUAAGACGGGUCAGGAUACGACAGGGCAAUUUAGUGAAUUUACAUCAUGUAUCCAUCACCAAACUUACUAUGUUAUUGUUGCUUUAUUUAGUGAGCUGUGGAUCCAAAGGUGUAUGGCAGAAAUGGACAGAACGCGGUAGUAAGAAUGUCGAUGUAGUCUUACUUAUUCCUGAAACACUCAACAUCCAAACCCAUGCAGAUCAACUGCCGAGCUUCCUCAAAGAACUGGAAACUGACCUUACCAAGUACAGACCAAGAUACGCAGUCGUUGGCUUUGGUGGUAAAACCGCUGUCCACCGGCGUCCGCACAUCGUCACAGGUGGAGGUAAAAUCUUCGGUGAUAUAAAAAAUGUCCAAAGUGCAAUUGCUAACAUGAAGUUCACGACGGAAGCAGCUAACGCAUUCGAAGCCAUCGAGUAUCUUGCCAAUCUACCGUUCCUUCCUGGAGCAAGUAAAGUUGUGAUCAUGAUCACGGAUCAGGAUCGUGAAGCGAUGUCGAAUGCACCAUUACACAAAGCAAUCAAAGAAUUGGAUAUGCAAGGAGUGAUCUUUAACGUGAUUGGUCCUUACUUCCAGAAGAAACUACACAGAGAUGUCCUUGGAACGUGGCAAGGCCAAACGAUGAUGAGGAAAGAUAAACUCCAAAACAAGCGAAAAACCAUUGGUUUACCAGUAAAUGAUUACACUCGUCUAGCUGAGUCGUCACAAGGUGGUGUCUUUAAUCUCAAGGCAUACUCCAAGGCGCACGGAGACUGGACAAGUUUACUGAAACGGGCAAUGAAAACGACUAUUGUGAAACAGAUUGACGAAGAUCAGACUUACUGUAGGCAAUGUAUUUGUGUUCCAAGUCUUGCAGCUGAACCCGUGACUAUCUGUAGAAUAAACAAACAUUCAAGAUGUUCGUAGAGGGUAAGUACAGAUACCUUUUUAUCUGCGAAAAUACUAACCUAUAGCCGCUAGCUCGUUAGCGUAUGUGAAAAAUGCAAACCACCAUACGCGUAAGACGUAGUUCAUCAAAGUGAGCUGCCUUGAAAGUGAUCCAGGGUUGUACAGAACUCGUGUAAGUAAUGGUUCUUCACUACACCUUCCCACUAUUUAAAUGAAUGAGUACCAAAGAAUGAUCGAUGUCUAGAUAGGAAAUUGGAAGUUAGAUCAUCUAAUGUGAGAAAGGUUUUGGCCAGGCAUUUUAGCGUAUGGUUAGAAAGACUGUACUAUGAGCACUCUUGAUUUGACCUGUAACAGAACUUCGAACUGAAUAUCUUAGACAAGGAAGAUUUCCCAAUGGAGCUAUUAGAGUGUGCUAUCUUACGUGGAAGUCUGAGGAGAAAUAUUGGGUGUGUAUGCUUAAGACUGUCUAAGUAUUCUUGCAAUUCAGGGCCCAAAUAGAGAGCAGAAACCAAGUGAGAAUUCUGAUUAAUUUACAGCACUUUUCUUUUGCAGGAUACUUCAUCUUCCAUAUGCACACAACUGCUUUUAACUAACCCAAGAACGAACAAUUAAAAGACUUUUAACAUAUAUUAUUAUUAUAAACAUUUAUAUUUCAGUUUGAUUCAGUGACGUAGCCAAAAUAUUAGCCCCCCUCUUUGGAAAAAUUCUGACCAAUGCAAGCAUGUUUCAUUUCUUGUAAGGGAAGUUUUAAAUGUUCUGGAUUCGUUUGUAAUUAAGUAGAGUUAUUAUGUGUUAAAUGGUUAUUUAAAAUCAACAAAACGCAUUAAAAUAGCACUUUACCAAAAAAGCCCAAAAAUGGCACUUUACCAACUCUGGAAUUUAAAAAUUUUCCCGUGGGAAUAUACACUGGCCGGGAUUCCCCCGAAAGUUCAUUGUUCUAUAUUAUGUAUGGAUAUCGUGGGAGUCGAAAUACAUUUACACAUAAUAAACAAACUUUAUUCAAACUAACGUAGGGUAAAAUUGCUUGGGCCCAAAUUAGUUUCGGGCCCCCUUGACUAGAUAUCCUGGCUACGUCACUGGUUUGAUUAACUAAACAAAACAGAUUAAUUUAUAUUAUAAUUAUUAUAAGGGAAGUCGUUCAUGUUAUGUAUUUCAAACUAUUUUGCGGUGCGAUAACAAAAUCGUUAACGUUAUAUAUAUAUGUAUGUGUAUCGAUAUUGUUUGAUCAUUGCAUUGGGUAAUAAAAUAGAGGGAAAAGGUCUUAAAUUGCUGACCUUGAAUUC